GAGAGAAGCCGACUCUUGUUUACAGCAGAGAUUCCACGGAGGAGCGGAGACCCGCAACCUGCGUACACCGUAGGACUUCACUCGCUGGAUUUACGCGAAACGGGACCUUUUCGGCUUCCUCUCGUUUUUUCACCCUGUUGGAGGAUAAAGGGCUGGAGCGUUUUAAAAGGAAACUCCUCGGGACAUAUCCUCCCUCGCACUCCGAGCCGAGGUCGUCUAGCAGGAGCGAGCAGGAGACCCAUUCUCCUCCUGCGUGGCACAAGUCUGGUGUUUUUCUGUCAGCUGCAAAUCCCUGACUGACGGCGCGGCGAGGUCCGAGGGGUUUUGUUUUCAGGACUGACGCUGGCUGAAUGGCAUAGGAUACAAUAACAACAAAUCAAAUAGAAAUAAAAAGGGGGUUUUCAUUCAUUUCCCCCCUCGCAGCCACCACCCCUGGACGUUAUUUUCUGCCGCCACCCUAACCUCUCUCUCUCCCCACCCUUCCUCGCCAUUCUCCCUGGCCUAACUCACCAUGUUCUGUGGAGGCUGCUGGUGAUCAAAAUAAACCCUUCACAUUAUCCUGGACACAUCUCUUCAUUGGGUUUGUUACCACCAGGCCCGGAUCGCACCGUGUAACGCGCACUCGCUGUUUUCAAGAGAUGGAGACUGAAGAUGGGGAUUACCAUCAUUUAUCCAGUCAAAUCACUGGCAUGUGUGCCACACCAGCAUCCAACUACCCUGUGAUCGGCAAAAACAGGAGGCUCUUUUAAUAUAUUUAUAGUUUUAGCUUUUUUUUGUUGCUCUCCAUGGGAGCUCUAUAACAAUUCCUACACAUUCAUUUCAAUUUAAAAAAUAGAUAUAUUUCAGAUCAAAUCCUGGUAGACAAGCGACCACGCUUUUUGUAUGCUACCAUAGAGAAGCCACCUGGGCUACACACACAUACGUGUAUCUUUCUCAAUAGUAAAGCUCUAUUUUUCCCAGAGGAUUUAAAUUUUUUUAAAUUUUCUCUUUGGUCCCUUUUGCCUUAUUUUGUAUGUCUGAGAGGAGAAUAAUGUUGAGGACCAUGAGAUCUGACUCACCGAUGGGUAGCACGACCUUGUUUUGGAGUCUGAUGCUGUCUGUCUCCACUGUCUGCAUAUGGCCCACGUAUGGAGAGAUUUGUGGUCCGAGUAUCGACAUCCGAAAUGACAUCAGUGAGUUCAAGCGGCUGGAAAACUGCACGGUGGUGGAGGGCUACCUGCAGAUCCUCCUCAUCAACGACAAGACCAACAACAUCAAUCAAGAGGGUUUCAGCUCCCUCAGCUUCCCCAAGCUGACCGUCAUCACGGACUACCUGCUGCUGUUUCGCGUCUCUGGCCUGGACAGCCUCAGCAUGCUCUUCCCAAAUCUGAGCGUCAUCCGUGGGCGCCAGCUCUUUUACAACUACGCCCUCGUGAUCUAUGAGAUGACAAGCCUGAAGGACAUUGGCCUGUACAACCUGAGGAACAUCACCCGGGGAGCCUUGAGGAUUGAGAAGAACCCGGAGCUCUGCUACCUUGACUCGGUGGACUGGUCUCUCAUUAUGUAUUCGGAGUUCAACAACAUUAUCAAUGGAAAUAAGAAGGCUAAGGAAUGCGACAAUGUCUGUCCAGGCAUCAUGGAGGAUAACCCACUUUGUCAGAGGACGUCGUUCAAUGACAACUACGACUACCGCUGCUGGACCUCUAACGAGUGCCAGAAAGUUUGCCCAGAACACUGCAAGCACACCUGUACCGACAAGGGGGAGUGUUGCCACAGCCAGUGCCUGGGCAGCUGCACUGAACCCAACAACGACAUGGCCUGUUCCGCCUGCCUCCACUACUUCCACGAGGACCGCUGCGUGCCAGACUGCCCCGCGGGCACUUACAAGUUCGAGGGCUGGCGCUGCAUCACCAUGGACCUGUGCUCUCAAGUGCACCUGCCCGGCGACUCUCACUUUGUCAUCCAAGGGGGAGAAUGCAUGCCCGACUGCCCCUCCGGCUUCACACGCAACGAGACUAAUCGAAUGUUUUGCAGCGCCUGCAACGGACUGUGUGACAAGGUCUGCAACCCCCUCAUCAUCGACUCUGUGGACGCUGCUCAGUCGCUGAAGGACUGCACCGUCAUCGAGGGCAACCUGGACAUCAACAUUCGCCGUGGAAAUAACAUAGCGUCUGAGCUGGAGAGCUUCAUGGGAUUGAUCCAGACAGUGACGGGCUAUGUGAAGAUUCGACACUCCCACGCGCUUGGCUCGCUGUCCUUUCUCAAGAGCCUGCGUUUCAUCAAUGGACAGGAGCUCAUCGACAACAUGUAUUCCUUCCACGCCGUCAACAACCAGCACUUGCAGUACCUGUGGGACUGGAGUCAGCACAACCUGACUAUUCAAGCCGGACGCCUCUUCUUCCGCCAGAACCCCAAACUCUGCAUGUCUGAGAUCCACACCAUGUGGGAGAAGACGGGGAUCAGCGUGAAGCCAGAGGAGGGGGACUUCCGGAACAACGGCGAAAGAGCCAGCUGUGAAAGUCACAUCCUCACGUUCAAGUCUAACGAAACGACGAGUCACGCGAUCAAACUGAUGUGGGAGCGCUACCAGCCGCCAGACGCCGGAGACCUCAUCAGCUUCAUCGUCUACUACAAGGAGUCGCCGUUCCAGAACAUCACCGAGUUCGACGGGCAGGACGGCUGCGGCUCGAACAGCUGGCACAUGCUGGACGUGGAUCUUCCUCAGGACGCAAACAGCGAACCAAACGUCAGUCUUCAGCACCUGAAGCCCUGGACCCAGUACGCCGUCUUCGUGAAGGCCAUCACCCUGCAGGUGGUGGGCAAACACAUCACUGGGGCAAAGAGUGACAUCAUCUACAUCCGCACACGCCCAGCGCCUCCUUCUGUGCCUAAAGACGCCCGCGCGUUCGCCAACUCCUCAACCAAGCUGGUGGUGAAGUGGUCGCCCCCCAUGUUUCCCAACGGCAACCUGACCUACUACCUGGUGCGCUGGCAGCAGCAGCCUGAGGACAGGGAGCUCUACGAACACAACUACUGCUCCAAAGAGCUGAAGAUCCCGAUCCGGAUCUCAGCGACAGGACUCACGGACAUGGACGACAACACCAAGCCCACCAAGUCCGACCUGGCGGGGGGAGAGAAGGGCCCGUGCUGCGCUUGCCAGAAAACCCCCGAGGAGAAGGACCGGGAGAAGGACGACCGCGUCUUACUGAAGAUCUUCGAGAACCACCUCCACAAUGCCGUCUUCUGGCAGAGACCUCCAGACCGUCGACGCAGGGAUGUGAGCGGCGCGGCCAACGACACGCUGUUCCAGGACAGCGCCGGGAGGGGGAACGCCACCCUCGGGCCGGGCAACAGUACGGAUGGCGCUCCUCCCAUUAGAGAGUAUCCAUUCUCGGAGGACAAGAGCGCAGCAGAAUAUUUGGACAUCCCCAACCUGCAGCCCUUCACAGUCUACCGCCUCGACAUCCACGCCUGCAACGAGGAGGUGGGCCGCUGCAGCGCCGGAGCAUUCGUCUUCUCCAGGACCAAACCUGCAGACAAAGCAGAUGACAUUCCAGGAAAGGUGAUCUAUGAGCGGAGUGAGAAGGUGGAGGGUUGUGUGCUGCUGCACUGGCAGGAGCCCGUCAUGCCCAACGGAGUCAUCCUGAUGUAUGAGAUCAAGUUCCGUCUGGGGACUGAGCCCGAGAAACACGUGUGUGUGUCGCGGCAUAACUACCGCGAGCACAGAGGAGCUCGCCUGACCAACCUCGGUUCAGGAAACUACUCUGCCCGUGUGCGCGCCACCUCUCUAGCAGGGAACGGCUCCUGGACGGAGAGCGUGUCCUUCUACGUGCCUCCACCCAAACGAGACGAUGGUGUUGCCUUUUAUUUGGUGAUCAUUAUCCCCAUCAUAGCGACGCUCGUCAUUGCCAGCCUCACCACAAUUCUCUUCUAUGUGAACAAAAAGAGGAACAGCGACAGACUGGGAAAUGGAGUCCUUUAUGCAUCUGUCAAUCCAGAAUACUUCAGUGCUGCUGAGAUGUACGUCCCCGAUGAGUGGGAGGUAGCGAGGGAGAAGAUCACCAUGCACAAGGAGCUGGGCCAGGGCUCCUUCGGCAUGGUGUAUGAAGGUUUAGCCAAGGGUGUGGUCAAGGACGAGCCAGAGACGCGAGUGGCCAUCAAGACGGUCAACGAGACGGCGAGCAUGAGGGAGCGCAUCGAGUUUUUGAACGAGGCCUCCGUCAUGAAGGAGUUCAACUGUCACCACGUGGUGCGGCUGCUGGGUGUGGUCUCACAAGGGCAGCCAACCCUGGUGAUUAUGGAGCUGAUGACACGCGGAGAUCUCAAGAGCCACCUGCGCUCGCUGCGCAAAGAAAACUCCACCACUCAGGUCCUACCCCCGCUCAAGAAAAUGAUCCAGAUGACCGGGGAAAUCGCCGACGGCAUGUCGUACCUAAACGCCAACAAAUUCGUCCACAGAGACCUGGCUGCCAGGAACUGCAUGGUGGCCGAGGACUUCACCGUGAAGAUCGGAGAUUUUGGCAUGACGAGAGAUAUUUACGAGACGGAUUACUACAGAAAAGGAGGGAAGGGCUUGCUGCCUGUCCGCUGGAUGUCCCCGGAGUCACUUAAGGAUGGCGUGUUCACUACGAUGUCUGAUGUCUGGUCGUUUGGUGUGGUGCUGUGGGAGAUCGCCACCUUAGCGGAGCAGCCGUACCAGGGCUUGACCAACGAGCAAGUGCUGCGCUUCGUCAUGGAGGGAGGACUCCUGGACAAGCCUGACAACUGCCCUGACAUGCUGUUUGAGCUGAUGAGGAUGUGCUGGCAGUAUAACCCCAAGAUGCGUCCGUCCUUCCUGGAGAUCAUCAGCAGCAUCAAGGAUGACAUGGAUUCUCCCUUCAGGGAAAUGAGUUUCUUCUACAGUGAGGAGAACAAGCCGCCGGACACCGAGGAGCUGGACAUGGAGAUAGAAAACAUGGAGAACAUUCCACUGGACCCUGUAUCCACCAGGCAGCCGUGUGCUGCCGCCGCCCCCUCGUCGAGUUGCACGGGAGGAACGCCGCCGCCCUCUGCGCAGCAGUUAUCCCCCAUGCAAGGCCCGAGUACUCCUUUACUGGGACCUGUGUCUCCCUCCUCCCCGGGCCCGGCUGCCUCAGCCUUGGCAUCUCAGGGCCAAGCUUUGGACAAGCACUCAGGACAUGUCUCGGCCAACGGGCCUUUGGUGAUGCUGCGGCCCAACUUUGAUGAGAUGCAACCUUAUGCACACAUGAACGGGGGCAGAAAGAACGAACGGGCAUUACCACUGCCCCAGUCGUCGGCCUGCUGAUAUCAGACCAGUCCCUCAUUGUCCUCUUACACAGGGUAACACAAACCUCUCCUCCAUCUCUUAAGGAGGGAUGGCUGAGGUAAGAAAUGACUUGCUUUUCUACUGAGUGCCAGUAGAUGGCCUCUCCACUAGUCUGAGGUCAAACUCAGAAGUGUAAAAACUGCAGAAUGACAGAAACCUGCUAAAGCAUUUGGAGUUGAGCGGCUCAGACUGGACACUGGGGAUCUCCUUCCUGUGCCGCCUGAGCUUCCGUCAUCGCGUCCUUCAAGAAGGAGAACAAACACAGGCGCGUGUCCUGAUAGACAGACACCAACAUUGAGAAAAUAAUUUUUAACAUAUCUGCCAGCAAAUCCAACAGAAGAGCACUUUUUCCCCUGAUGAUAUCAGAGAGGAUGUUGUGGAUAUCUGAGUGUGUAUUUAUACAAACACGUGAUUCUCUCUAUAAUAUGUUUUAAAAGUGACUUUCCAUCUAAAAAUGACUUUGUGGCCGUGAGCAGAGCGGCUCGUAUCAUGUGGGGAUGCCUCAAUCAGAAAGUUUGGACUGAGAUAAAUGUUUUGUUUUCCUGUUGAUAUUUCUGUGGGUGUGGAUCCCGUCAAGAGUGAGUCACAAUGGAAGAGGAGGGGCCUGUUGUGUAUCUGCCAAACUGUUGCCAAAAUCAAGCUUUUUCCUCUCCUAUUUCAAACAGGCCUCCCUUCUGGUUAUAAGGCUGUGAUUCAGAGUUGAGAUUUGCAUUUUUGCGGAAAUGUUACCAAAAUUGGUGUGUAUGUGUGUGUGUGUAUGAGUGUGUGUGUGUGUCUCAGAAUGCAGCAUCUGCACUGGGGGUGGAAUAGACCUAGAAAAGGUUUGUGGAAAGAAUCAGUAAAUAGUUGAAUUGCAGAGAAACCUGUUUGAAAGCAAGACUGUUAGUUUCAUUCAGGAUUUCAGAAUGUAAGCACAGGCAUCUUUAAGUAGAAUAAAAACAUGUCAACAGGAUCCAUAGACAUAAAAAUCUAUGGAGAUAUAAUUUCCUUUUUGAAACUACAUGACAAGAUUUUAUUGGUUUCAGCUUUUCCCGGGUUCGAAGAUACCCCCCUGCCUGUCUCCUAACCAAAUCCAAAGAACCGAUGGACUAAUUGAUAAUGAUAAUAAUUCUCUUUGCACAAACAUAUUUUUUUUUAUAUCAUUACAUUUCGCAUUUAGCAUGCUGUUGCAAAUGAUGGAUUCACCAAAUGAUAGAUUCACCUAAGUCUUCUACCCUAAUCCAUUUAGAUUGGAGAAGAAACUUGAUCCCGUCAUCACUUUCAUGUUGUGAGCAUCUGAGGGAAGAAACAUGUGACUCCAGUCAGUCAACUCUGAAUCACAGCCUCUCUCUGUCUUUGUUCUAUCAAAAGCAUCAAAAGUGCCGCACUGCAAAAAACAACCAGAGUCCACCAUUUACUCAAAAAAGUAUCUGACGUUUUUUAAUUCUGCGUUUCCCCUGGAGGGUGAAACCGCUACUCGGAUGAAACGGCACCAAACGGCACCACGGCACCACGGAGUCGAAUAAAAUGAGAAGGUGUUGGAUCGGUGAAGUAGCCUAGAGACGACUUUUAAAAACCACAGCAGGUCUCUUUUGGAAGAGUCCUUCGUUUCUCUACAUUUCAAAACUCACAUAAAAGGUCUCGCAGUUGCAUUUUAGACUGCAGGAUCGUUUUUAUAAACAUCAUUGGUUUUUUGUCACUUUUAAGAAAAAACUUUUUACAAUUCAAAAUGUUUUGCCUCUAUUGUUGUACAGAACAAAAGCUGCUAUUUUAUUCUUUAUUUCUUCUUUUUGGAUGUUCUAUAUAAAGGAAUCCUUCAGGUUUGGUAUUUCAUGGUCUCCACUACAGUCCAUUUCUUAUAUCUUUAAAAAAUAAUAAAAGUAAAACUACAAAAAUAAAAUGAUUUAGACAUAAACAAAGAAAAUAAAAAGUGUCGCUCCUGUUUCCCCAAAAGUUGUUUUCUUCCUGUAACACUACAUUAUGUUCAUUGCCUUUAAUUUUAUAUGAAAUGUUUCUUCUGUAUUUGUUUUGUGGAUGUCAAUAUUAUUAUUAUUAUUAAUAUUAUUAUUAAUAUUAUUAUUAUUAUGGAAUGGACACCUUAGCUCGAUGUGUGAGCGUGUACUUUCUGCACACUUUUUUUUGUACUUUGUUGUCUAGCACUGCGCCUAGCGUCGCCCUCUAGGUGCGUCUCAAUCUCAGGUCAAGUAAAGACUUUGCUUUCUCCACACAUUCUCAUGAUUGUCCUCUACAUGUCUCCCCCCCCCCCCCCUCUUCGCCCGCCCCCUGGUCAUCUUGUUGUUGUGCCGAGUCCAAUAGCGCCCCCUAUCCUUCCCUCUGGCCCCUCAGUGGCCUCUACAACAAAGUGUACCUGCCCCCCCUUUCGGUGCCUCCUUUUGAAGUCAGGCUGAGAACUUUGUACUAGAGCUGGUAUUUUUUAACCCAUCCAUAUUCUUGCCUCUUCUCAAAAACCUAUAGGGCUAAUUUGGGUUGUCUUGUUUGCCUUAAUUACGCCGACCAUCUCUCAACCAUUCACAAAAUCUGUUUUCUUCUCCCUCCCUUUUUUUUUUUCUUCAUUUCGAUCAUCGUUACUCUGAACAAGCGCAAUACGACGACACCACUUCUGUCUUCAAAGCGAGAACAGGUCUUAUUUUGUUUGUCUUCAUAAAGAAUCACUGCUCCUGAAAGCCAAAUAAAAGAAUGGGUUAAAGUCCAGGGAGGGGAACACAUUGCAACGUCAUGAACGGAAACAAGGUCUUAAAAUCGGAGGCUGAAAAGGUCAAGAGAGAGUGUUUUGAAGGAUUUUCUCCUCAUAGUUGGAAAUGUUGCCUGGUGAGUUUUCUUUUCUUCCUGUAGGAGUGUUAUUUAUUUAUUUUUUUCCUUUCACCUUUAUUUUUUUUGUGAUAUCAGUUUGAAUCACUGUAUAAAUGCCCCUUGAUUCAGUAUAAAGUUUUUUUGUAUGUAUUUUAUUUUGUGUCAUGAAUGGGGGACUUAUAAAACUUUUUUCCUUCUUCAAGUAUAUAUAUAUCUAUAUACAUAGAUAUAUAUAUUAAUAUCUACCUACCUCACUCUUUUAAAUGUAUGUAUGGAAAGAAAAACAAACAAGUACAUCUCACUUUGUUUCAUUAGUCUAUAAACAAACUUCCUCACCUAUUUGAAACCCACAGGGAUUCUAGAUAAACCUCACAAAGCCAAUUUAGGACGAGAGAUGGAAUUCAUGCGCUGGAAGUUCAGCUCAACAAUCACCAGAAAAUAUGAUAUGAUUAAUAAUUAUAUUAUUAUUAUUAUAUAGAAUAUAUAUUCUACGUCAAACUACGCUCUCAAUUGCGAGUCGUUUUCACGUAAGAGACCGAGCGCAGACAUUCCAUCUCCAUUAUCAUCGUCACAACCUCGAAUCCUCAAAAGACACAAACACUUAUAUUAAUAAUAUAAAACAGCUCAUGUAGAAGUCCAACCAGUCAACGUGAGGAAUAUGUAACAAAGGGAAAAAGCGUUUGCUGUUCACCUGCAGCCUGCGACCACACAACUCCACAGAUCAUCACUUUCAACCAAGUUUAGUCCAAACAUCCAGAUCAGGCUCUCGAGAAUUAAGAUUUAGUCGUGCGUUUGGAUCUGUAGUGUGAAUGUGACAAAAAACAUUUCAAUGGACAAACACUUCACAGAGACGGGAGCCACGCCCCCUCCCACAUGUUUCUACUUUCAGUCAGUCGGUGUUGGAAUCAAAGCGGCAGAAGAAACUUUGAUUUCCUCGCUAAGAUUAUUUUUAAAAAGUCAUUUUGGUUUAUUUCCUCAUCUCCCCUGUUCCAAGUCUACCUGCUGAAUGUCAUGUCUUUCUAGACUUACCUUAGCACAGCUUUGUUCCCGGCCUGUUGUGCUGCUAUUCACUUCCAGUUAAUGCUGCUGGUUCAAACAGUCACCUCAGUGGAUCUUCUACCGAGCUUUAACAUCUCGAAGCGUCAAGUAGAAAAAAAAACCUCAGUUCUAAUUUUUUGAAGACGGUUGAUCGAUGUGGGAACGGUGUCUUCAUGCAAGGAGACCGAAUAAUUUGGAAAUUAAAAACCAAAUAGCAGCAAAAACAAAUGAUACUUAAUAUGAAAUUGAGGUGCUGAAUCUAAGUUCUUCUUGAGGGUUGAAUCUGUGCAUGAUUUUAAGAAAGAAUGAUCAGAAAGUGAACAAUCCUUGGGUUGAAAAACAGCUGCUUUACACCACAUUGGUACAAAAAGCAAAAAAAAUCACCAGACAAGCAAACAUCUUGUGUAGUUACUGAACAUAUCUGUGUGUUUAUAUAGUUCCUGUUUUUCCAGUUUGGGUGUACAGUAAACAGUGGGUCAAAUAUGAAUACUUCUUAUAUAUUUCAUCUUUUCAAAUUCUGAGAGUAGACAUUACAUCAACCUGUUGUUAGGUGGAAUACUGGCUAGAUCACAAACCUGUCACAUACUACACAGCGUUUGAAAUAGAACACAUGGACGAAGAGUAGGACGGGAUGUUUUGCAUAGAUUACGGGUAAACAUGGUAAACAACACAAGUAGAGAGUAAAAAUGGACGACAACAGCUGGACAUCCAGUGUAAAUAUUAACCGUCGCUAGCUAGAAAAGAUCUGUCAUUUCAAUUCUUCAGAAUGUUCUUCAUGCACACCUCAGGUUUAUGGAGGAAUGCGUCGGUGCAUUGAAACAAACGGCAAUAAUGAGCUUGAGGUUUAACACCAUCACGCCUCUCUUUGUAUGAUUUGCAUUCCUUCUGAGGGGGCCUUGGUUUCACUAAUAUCAUUUUAUUAUAAUAACUUUUCACAUAAAGAC